AGUCCUUGCUCUUACUGUCAUACUUAUGAGAAAUAGAGAAGUUGAGUAACUUUAUCCAUAUUAACACAAGCUCCAAUGGCUUCGAUAAUGCGCAAGCCCAGCGCUAGUGUUAUAUUCUUUCAUGGCUCGGGCGAUACGGGCCCCAAUGUGCUGGAAUGGGUGCGCGGUUUGAUUGGCAGAGACUUCAACGGCUCGCAUAUUAAAUAUGUAUUUCCCACGGCGCCCAUGCAAGAGUAUACGCCCUUUGAUGGCGAGAUGUCUACGGUGUGGUUCAAUCGCGAAUCCGUUGAUAUUGCCGCCGGGGAGGAUCGGAGCAGCAUGUCGCAGAGUUACGAUAUAGCCAAGCAAUUAAUACAGCAUGAAGUCGAUCAAGGCAUACCACACAGUCGCAUUAUUGUCGGUGGUUUUUCGAUGGGUGGCGCCUUGGCGCUGCACACGGGCUACCACGUGACCCGGAAUUUGGCUGGCGUAUUUGCACAUUCCUCCUUCCUCAAUCGCAAAUCGGUGGUCUAUGAGUCGGUCGAGGCGGGAUCUACGCUUCCAGAGCUUUGCAUGUUUCAUGGCGAGGAUGACAAAGUUGUCGAGUUUCAAUGGGGUCGCGAGACGUUUGACAGAUUGCAAGAAUUGGGCGUUAUUGGCACAUUUACGAGCUUGAAUGAUACGGCACAUGAGCUGAAGAAGAGUUCAAUUCUGGAGGUUGAGCAGUGGAUUCUUAAGAAGUUGCCCUAAGAAGCUAGCAUUUCAAUAUAAAUCACUUUUUCAACACUGUUCUUCUAAUUUCGCCUGGGUUAUUUGUUGGCUUACGGUCAAUGAUCCGUAUAUGGAAUUUGUUUCAAUAGAAAUUGUUAAUAAAGCACCUGCUGAAGCUUUAAAAUAAUAAUAUAAAAUAUAAUAUUACUUCCCUAAAA